AUGGCUAAAUCAUUCUCACGUUUACCUCCACUACCCGCAUUACGGGAUUUCAUCCAUAUGUACCAAAUUCGGGCAAGAAAGAUCUUAUCUCAGAACUUUUUGAUGGAUCUCAAUAUAACUCGGAAGAUUGUUAAGCAGGCUGGUAUAAAAAGUGAAGAUCACGUAAUUGAAGUGGGCCCAGGGCCUGGCGGAAUCACACGUUCUUUGCUUGAGACUGGCUGCAAGCGUUUGGAUGUUAUAGAGAUCGAUCGUCGUUUCAUGCCAGCGCUUGAGGAAUGUUUUGUGAAUUGUCAUACGGAUGUUCUUAAACUGGAUAUGGGAGAUAUAUGGAAUAAAUGCGCUGUUGAACCACAUCUUUGGCAUGAAGAUCCGCCGCCUCUUCAUAUUAUUGGCAACCUUCCUUUUAACGUCUCUACCCCACUCAUUAUUAAGCUUCUAAACCAAAUGUCGGAACGGGGCGGACCGUGGAGUUUUGGACGAGUAAAAGCGACACUAACUUUCCAGCUAGAAGUUGGGAAACGCCUCUGUAGCGUGAUCGAUUCUGAGGAACGUUCAAGAAUUUCGGUAAUGGCGGAAUACUUGACCCACCGAAAAAUUCUCUUUACAAUUUCCGGUUCUUGUUUUGUUCCAAAGCCCAAAGUUGAUGCAGCAGUCGUGCAGUUCGUGCCGCGUGUCGAACCUCUCAUAAAGUCUUCUUUUAAAGUAAUUUUAAAGACCUGCCGCCAUCUGUUCCACUAUCGGCAAAAAUAUGUAAUACGAUGUAUCAAGACCUUGUAUCCUGAACCUUUAGCAAAUUCUCUGGCACACGAAGUACUCUCCAGAUGUAGGAUCGAUCCCACAAUCCCCUGCUAUAAACUUGGAGUCGAGCAAAUAAGCGACAUCUGUCGCAUUUACGAGGAACAAUGCUAUAGGUACACAAUAAUAUUUUUUUCGUUGUCUGUGGUAGCGACUUAUCUGACAUAUAAAUUUAGUUUUCUUUCAAACCUAAAAAAUCCCAGUUGCAAACAUAGCCAUCUACUGCUGAUGCCGGCUGCUUAUCAUUCUUAUUUCGCAGCAACUGUGAUAGAACUUAUGGCGAAGCUGAGGUUAAGAUAA